AUGGAGCUUUUGGAACUUGUUGAGAACGAUCCUACGGCUCGCCCAUUCCAGUGUGAUUGGCAGUCGUGCACCAAGAGCUUCAAUCGCAAGUCUGACCUACAAAGGCAUUAUCGAACUCACACCAAUGAGCGACCUUACUCUUGCUCUACCCCAAGCUGUGGGAAGAGCUUCAUUCAGCGAAGUGCCUUGACUGUCCAUAUCCGAACACACACCGGUGAGAAGCCUCACCAGUGCCAACAUAUUGGCUGCGGGAAAUGCUUUUCGGACUCCUCCAGUCUCGCUCGUCACCGACGAAUCCACACUGGGAAGCGCCCUUACAAGUGUGGCCAUAACGGCUGCUUGAAGAGCUUCUGCCGAAAAACCACCAUGGCUAAGCACCAGCGGAGGUCGCACCAGCAAGGACUGAACCCCAACGAUACCCUGGACGAUUACUCAUCGGACUCCGACUCUGAUGAAUCUCCGUCCACUCCACAGACCUCUGCGAUGACCUGGUCUCCUCAAGACAUGAUUCCUGUCAACUCGAUGCCACAGGGCUCGUUACACCGCGCUAGUUCCUUUCCCGAAUUUGGACAGCAAAUGCACGCCUACCCCCUCCAGCAACAGCAAUACGUUGGCCGGCACGCUAUCCCAUCCAGCGUGCCUCCCGAGUUCCACGCGCAAGCCGUCGCCGAACAGCAAGCCGGCAUGUAUAUGCUCCAUCGACCAGCGAGCAUUCCUCGACCAGCAUAUUAUGUCACCGACAAAAGCAACCCGGGAAUCGCAACAAUGAGCACCAACCCCAUUCAGCACCAAUAUCAGCUUGCCCAACAGCAGGUUGACAGAUCUUCCUUGGAAAUGUCGUACCCACCUUCAGGGAUCGCAACGUCUAUCCAAAGCAGCCCGAGCACCUUCUCUGCGGCCUCGGUACAGAGCCCCUUGAUGCAGGAUGGCUUUUACCCGCACCAACAGCAGCACCCGCCGUCAUACACUCUUCAGGCUGCGUCGCCAGUGGAUUCCCACCAUAACAUGCCCUCGUACACUCAAUCGAUACACCAGGCCAUGAACCAGGCUCAGCAGCCAGUUACUUCCCAGGCGCAGCAGAACCAAACCCCGACCACCGAAAACUACCAUCAACCAGCUGCUCAAUCUCAGGAAGAGCACUGGCCCCAGUACCAACCCCCUAUUGAGGUGACAACCAUUGGCCAGUUGCCUGCCUACGGCACUGGUGUCUACGACCUGUGCGGUCCGAAGAUCGAGUUUGACGAUCCCACGAUGCAACUGCCUAGCAGCAGGCUUGAGAGCCGAUAA